UCAAAAAUUAUAUCGCGCCUCAUUCUAUGCGAGAACGUCCCUUCUUGGUCUUUGGUCUUUCAAGACGGGGGAGGUUUGUGGUCAGCUAUACCAGUACCUCAUAAGUCAACAUACGUGUUCUACCACCAUUGCACUCUAGACGCUGAUUCAAGGCAUGCGCGAGACGCUGUUCAAGGAAAUUGCAGUUCUCGGAUUCUAAGACCUUCGGAGGCACUCCUCAACAUUACUGAAGUCACGUCUGAGGAGGAUGCGGAAUGCUCCUUCGCCCGAGAAGGCUGGCAGUGCGAUGAUUCGAAUCAUGCGGGGAUGGAUUGGUUCAAAUCGAUAUGUGGGCACAACACCAGUAUUCUGUUUGGAUUAUUCAAAAAAACAUCAAGACUUUUGCUUUUGGCUUGCGGAUAUCACCUACGGAAUAUUCGAGGAACAAGGCGGUUGGGGAUCUCCAAGGGAAAUUCGCAAAUGGUCAUGAAGUGUGUGCACCGAGUCAUUGAAGCUUGUGGUGUGACAUUGAAGCAACAGCCCAAUGUAGAAGCCGUCGAUGAAGAAUCUUAA